UUUGUUUCCUAAAAUUGCCUAACAAAUCGCACCUUUCUCUCUCUCUCUCUCUCUCCAGUCUGUCUGCACCAUUCCCUUUCUAUUAUCUUUUCCUGUAAAACUUCCUCCUCCAAACCAUCAGGUCGGGCAGAUCCUGCCUUCCUCCAUCAUGGCUUCGCAGGAUAAAGGUCGACCGUUGCCGAAAUUCGGGGAAUGGGAUGUAAACAACCCAGCUUCAGCUGAAGGAUUUACUGUUAUAUUCAACAAGGCCAGAGAUGACAAGAAGACCAGUGCGGCUCAAGUGAAGAUCGUCACCCCACGAAAAAAUGACGGCAGCACACGAAGAAAUGGUGCUGGAUACAACACUGUCAAUGAGCAUUAUCCUAAGUAUCCUCCCCCAAAGAAUAAAUGGUUUUGCUGUGGUUGAACGAAUCAACAACAGCUCAUGAGGGCGAGGUGAUGAUGCAAAAAUAUUAGGGUGUGACUGGGAGGAGUUACUACAAACAAAUUAAAGACAUUUUUUCUUGUGCCUGGGAAAUAUAUGUGGAACAGCAAAUCUCUCAUAUAUAUAAAAAAGUUCUUUUUGUUCCUUUUUUU